AUGGGCGUAGGCUUUCGGCAUGUUUUCAUAAUAUAGCCUAGGCUAUGUAUAUAACAUACUGCCAUGUCUUUUCUGUGAUCUAUCCAUCUGACAGGCAGUGCACCUAUACAACGUCAUGAUAGAGAUAAUGAAUUAAGAUGCUUUGUGCUUUGAAGACAGUAAAUAAAUUGAUAGUAGAGGAUUAACAACAUUUGGGUGAGUGGCUUGAUCAUCCUUACUGGGUAAAAUUCAGCCACUGUAUCACAACAUUUGUGAUCUUUCAGUUCACAGCUUACCCCUUGUGAAAGCUUGAUCUAAAGCUUCUGUGUGUAAUUUCAAAUGUUCAUCAUGAACACAACUCAUGAUAUAACGACUGGUGGUAGAUCACUUUAGAGUAAUAGCCCUGCUGCCCACACCCUGCUAUCUGCUGACAUCGGCAACUUUGUAAUGGAUUGUGAUGCCUCUCUCUCUCUCUCUCUCUCUCUCUCUCUCUCUCUCUCUCUCUCUCUCUCUCUCUCUAAUUUAUUAACAACAAACGUUGUUACCUUAUAUCUUUCUGUUGAUAAACAGAAACUAGAACUCAUCUCAUUCAGUAAUGAUUGUGUAGCUGUUGGAGUGACCUGUGUCCUGGGCAAUAGGGAAACGCUGAUGUUAAUGAUGAUGAUGAUGAUGAACAUGAUCAUGAUGAAAGUGUUAUUGUUUAAUGCAAAAGAAACUGCAGAGGUAGUGAUAAAAUGUAGGCUAAAUCUCCCCCAGACACAAACAUAUAGCCUAAAUAGAUAAAAAUCAUCCAUUUGUUCCAAUCAUCCAUCAUGAAGCAGAGAUUAAUGAUGUGCCCGAUGAUUUCAACGAACCUCAAGACUUAUGACAAGUGUGUGUCAUUGUAAUUCGUCUGACAGAAUUGUGACUGAUUCAGGUGAACGGGUAGAGAAGGCAGCUGACUUUUCUUUCAACGCAAAGCAGAACUCCAGAGAUUUCAAAAGAACUGAACCAACAACUGCUUCUUCUUUUCAAAGAUAAAAAUACACCAAAUGUAAUAGACAGACAGACAGACAGAGAGAGUGAGAGAGAGUAUUGUAUAAACAUUUUAGUGCAAUAUGCACAUCCCAGCAGCAUGGUAUUGAUGCAAAGCGUAAACUAAUGGGAAGUGGGGGUUGAGGCAGAACACCAGAGACCCAGUAAUAAUCUAUAAGGACACAGAGAGGAUGACAGGGCAAUAGGGAAAGUGAAAGGCCAGAUGCUGAUAGAUAAAGAUGGAGAAAGCAAGUAGGCCAGGCUCUUCUGAAGCUAAGGGGGAGGAAACCUAGAGAGAGACUGUCAACAGAUGUGGAGGGACAGGCAGAGUCAUGUCCUGCAGCAUUUUAAAAGGCUUGGGUGGAUGGCACAAGGUAGAGGCCAAAUGCACCGACAUCAGCAGAGAGAGAGAGAGAGAGAGAAAGAGAGAGACAGAGAAAGAGAGAGACAGAAAGAAAGAGAGAGAGAGAGAGCACCUCGAAUAAGCUGCCAAAAAGUCUCACCGUGGGCAGGGUGACAAAUGGGUGCUGUGGAUGGGCAGGGGAGAGGUUAUAGGGUUCAGUUGCUGGGCGGUAGCUGGUGUGGAGUGGGUGGAAUCAGUUGGGCUGAGUCCAGCCUUUGUGUACUGGCCCAGUCUACAGCACACUGGCACAAUCUGUCCUUACACUGGCAUCAUCAAAUAGGCCAUAAUGCUGAGCUGUGCAGCAUGCAAUCCUUCUCAUAUUGGAUGGAAUCUGAUACAAAGAACUUUCUUUAAAGGCACUGAGAAAGUGAUUAAUGAGCAUAAAUAUUAUUAACUCAAUUACUUUUUUGCCAUGACAAAUCUUUAAGCCCCAUAUCAUUGGAAUACAUCUACUUAAGUAUACUUUCUCUCUGAUACUGUUGAAGUCCAAAUAAAACCCUGGUCAUGUAGUACUAGAGAUGAAUUGGUCAUCUGUUCUACACCUCACCAUCUCUGAUUCCCCAGAUCAGUACAUAUACUGUACAUGUGCAGGUAGAGGCACUUUCAGUCUGUGCCUUCUCAUUUGCCAGCCAAUCCAUUCUCUCUGUCUCGUUACAAUUCCUCAUUAAUAACUGACCCCAUUACAGAAUAAUUUGCUCUGACUUUGCUCUGAGUUUCAUUUCCUCUUCAAGGGUCAUUAAGUCUUGACUGUAACUGAUGUGCACAUUUUCAUUUGACUAGCGGAGCAGGGUCCCUCAGGCCUGACCCUGUUUGCUAAAGCUCUGCGGCUCCGUGCAGACAUGUCUCCUGGAACGGAGAUCCAUCUCAGGCUUCAGUAGGAGCCGCCUGGCAGCCACGGAGCCGCCAACCGCCUUUUAUCCACUUUGAUUACUUAGGGUUGAGUGGAGCCCUGCAGCAUCAGGUAGGCUUUUAGCAUUACAAUAGCUGCAAGGCCACUCUCUCGAGGGUGAACCUUUCCGCAUUGCAGUAGAUUUGGAUCCCUUGAGAAGAGGAGAGAGUUGAUGGACAGGCAGUGUCAAGUCUGUCAAUGUCAGACGAUGACCAGUAGGCUACCAGUCUUAUCGCUGAAGUAAUAUGUGGCUACUCUUCCCAAUGGGACUCAUAGGGAGAAACAACAGACACAUCAUGGCAGACAUAAUGGGAACUGAAAUCACAGACAGAAUGUGCCAUCUAUGGGUAUUUGGGAUAUUAACCUGUGAACUAUGACAUGUUGAGUAGAAUCACAGCUGAUAUUGAACAAAGGAAACUGUAUCCAUUCACUGAGUAGCCUAGAUCCAUUCAUGUUGUGUGGCUCGAAACGUCACGUUCUGAAUCUGGUGUAAAGUUUAAUAAAGUAUUUCAGAGAAGUAGCACGCCAUAUUCAUAUAUCUGCUAAUCCUAGGCCUAAAGUUAUCAAGAAUCAUUUGAUAACUGCUGUAGGCUGUAAAGAAAUAGGAAUUAGGCUGUUAAAACACAUGCAGGCAUCACACACAAAUAGGUCUACACAAACACCUCAACAUUAUUUGUGCCUUCCCUAUGCUAUCUUGCUUGUGUGGAUUCUAGACACAACUUCAUAUAUUUAAUAUAUUACAGUCAGCAAGGCAUAUUUCAUAAUUCUGUUCUUCACUUUGUUUUUCAAAUGCUGCAUUGCACGCACACUGCGUGACCCGACUUUGUAAUAUUUACUCCUAACCCCUCCCCUUCUCAACCAAAACCAAUUCAACUUAUCAGGCGAGACUGAACAAAUCUUGCAGCACUCGUGUCCUAAGUGGGUAGGAUACUGUGUAGUGGGAACGUUGGCAUGGUAACAGUUGUAUUCCCCUUUGGCACCAUCAGAUCGGAAAUAAAUGGGUCAUGAGACGUAGUCUACGCAGUCUUACUAGUCGAAAAAGCUACAUCUGAAGAACCCUGAAUUUCCCUUGUCGAGUGUUGAAGCCAACUCGCACUCUACUGACGCUGACUCAGCUGUUCCAGAGCGCUGCGCAAACCAGCUUGCAGUCAGUCACACCAGACAGCAGAGUGAACGUACACCGGUCCCUCGGUGUCGGAGCAUGUGUUGGUCAGAAUAGUGCCGAUAAUCUGACAGGACAAAGUUACCGUUUGAACUAUUGAUCUACAAAUUGAGAACUGAGGGGAAAUUGUAUGGACAUUGUACACUCAGGCGAUCAAUUCUACGCAUUUCCCCACCAGGAUCUGGGACGUUUGAAAAACAAGAAGUCCAUGUGAUGCGCACAGUGAACAUCGCCAUCAGUGACUGCAGUUCCUCUCUCCAACACUCCCUGCACUCUACAAGCAGGAAGAGGCAUAGUUAUUCGUUGGAAACGGGAUGGUUAUCACAGCGAAAAAAUAAACAUCACUACCCACUUUGCGAAGGUUGCUCGAAAAUUAAACCAGAGGAUAAAGCUUGCUCGGUUCAUACGGACAGGUCUGGUUACAACGUGACUUGGUCAAGUCACCCCGAAUGAGAAGUUCUCCGUUCUGUGAAAGGGGGAUUUAAAUCUACCACAAUGAAUUUUGUAAUGAAAGCUGCGUUAGGAGGGGCCGGCAAGGAUGUGGGUAAAAUGCUGGGCGGGGAGGCGGAGGAGAAAGACCCUGAAGCUGAGAAGGAGAAGGAAGAGGAGAGACAGGAGGCUCUGAGGCAACAGGAGGAGGAGAGGAAGGACAAGUAUAACAAGAUGGAGGCCGAGAGGGAGAAAGUGCGGCAGGGUAUCAGAGACAAGUAUGGCCUUAAGAAGCGUGAGGUGGUGGAGGCUGAGGCCGAGGCAGCCAUGGAGCAGGCGUCGGAGGGCUCCCUGACCCGUCCUAAGAAGGCCGUGCCUGCAGGCUGUGGGGAUGAGGAGGAGGAGGAGGAGGGCAUCAUGGACACAGUGAUGAAGUACCUCCCUGGUCCACUGCAGGACAUGCUCAAGAAGUAGCCAGACCCAAUCAGUGGCGCCUGACCUGACCUGUACCGUCCCUCAACCCUACCCCCACAUCAGCAAUCCUGCCAGCUCCACCCUCACAUCCCCCACUGCAGAACAGGUGGGAACGGCAGUUUGGCAGUAGGAUGUCAUGUUUGCUACACUCCCAUGUUUAAGUGGCAAAAGUGAUGAGAUAUAAAACACACCUAUCUCUGUCCCCGUAUGCUAUCCAAAACCUUCUGGCUAUUGUCGGCUUCAAGAUGAGGCAUCACAAUGACUCAAGUUUUUGAGCAUGGCAUUUUGCUGUUUGUUCGUUCAGUUUGGCCAUCCUAUUAGUUUGAGAGCCAGUAGUAAUAUGGAAGAGCCUGAUGGCCUGCUGUAUUCCUGCUUAGUCAACACUCUUAGUAAUCACACUGUGCUGAAAUAGUGAGCAAUCAAACUGCUAGCUCAAACUGUGGAAGCAGAAAUUAAGCGGUCAGGUUUACCUUGGGCACUUCACCAUAGUGACAUUAAGCUUUAGAUACUUUAAAUCUGCAAAUGAAAGGGCACUUUUAUUUCCCAAGUUGAAGUGCACUCACACAUACACAGUGUACCCCAUCUUAAUCAUUCCUCUUGACAGAUUUGUAAAUAAUCUCUAGGUUGCAAUAUUAAGUUAUGUUUUUAAAAAUAUCCAUAAAGAAUAAAGAAUAUCAGAAUAAAAGCCAUAUUUUAUCUUUGAGGAAAGUCUCAACAUCAUACUCUUAUGUUACCCUGGAAUUUUGCAUUAUUCUUAAUAUGUCUAAAUGCUGCGUAAGCAUAAAGUAUACCUACAUGUAUUUAAUCCUACCGUUUUCUACUAUAAUUUAAUUUUUUAUUCAUAAGUCAAUUGAGAAAAGAACAAAGGAAAUGUGUUCCUGCAUGGUACUGUAAACUUCAUUGUGAAUAUGUGUCGUUGCUCCUAAACUUCACUUUUUCUGUGGAACAUGUAAAAAAAUACCAGUUGUAUAAGGCAAUAAUUUCCAUCAUUUUGUGUGCAACUCUAUAAUAAUGUGCUCAUAAGUAAUAUGACAAGAAUUGAGAUUUUUUUAAGCUUCAGUUUCGUAGUCAGAAAUACCAAUUUCAAACAUCUUCAAGCCUCAACGCAGUUCAUUUGUCCAUAAUCAUUUGUCUAAAUACAUAGUUGCAAUUGAUAAAAGAAAAUCAGUAAUAAAUGCUGAACAAGAUGGCAAAACUGCUGGAUCUUCACUUAGAUUUCACCAUGCAGGAUGAAAGAUUCAAUUAUUCUUUGUUUCUUUGCAAAACACUUUGUAUGAACCAAAAGUGACAAAGAUAACGCACUGUUCCUAACUAAUGUAUCUUUUGGUUGGUCAUUUGAAUGUUAUGAGCAAUAAAAGGAUCAUGCUGUAUGCUUGGCUUGCGAAAGAAAAUAAAAUGUUUACCAACACUAAA